AUGCGGUCAAUCUUAUUGACUCUAGUUUCGCUACUCAACUUCAGCUUCUUCGUCCAGGUCCAAUGUGAGAGCAACUUUAUCGUCCCAGCGACCUACGAUGAUACGGACCGAGACGCCAACAACCCGCGAUACGAGAUAGGCGAGAACAUAAAGCUCAGAUGGUUGACUGACCUCAAAGAGGCAGCCAUCCUCGUUGUGCAACUCUUUUCCAACUCGACGCAACGAUAUUACAUUAUUGAACAAAAUACCACGGACAAAACUACCUCUUGGACAAUCGAUUUUAACUCGGACAACAGCUUCUGGAAGGAUGCAUAUAACGGCAGUGACCUUAUAUUCUGGUUCGAAAUAUACAAAGCUGAGUCGCCUCUCGCCGAAGAUCCCGUUGUCAUGUCUCGAAACUUCAACGUCAGCGUAUCCGAUACAGACGCGAGCGAGUCUUCCAGCUCUUCGACAUCCGGCCCUUCAUCCUCAGCAAGCUCCGAUGUAGAUUCAGGUGCCGAUUCACCUUCCGACUCAGGGAUCUCUGCCAGGGCUACUGCUGGUAUUGCAGUUGGGGCUGCCGUGGGCGCAUUAUUAAUCGGUGCAUGCGGCCUCUUACUAUGGAGGAAUUUACGAAAGGACAAAACUGUAGGACAACUGCUUCCCCAAGACGAUAUCGCUUAUCACCAGCCUGCUGGGCAAUAUACCCCAUAUCAGGAAGUUCCUGGCGCGAUGAAACCUGAGCUACACAAUGAGUCUGCUCAUCUUCACGAAGCGCCAUGA